CGAGGAUUGUCCAAGGUUUCAGCACUUACCGUUUAGGAAGGUUGAAGUGGUAACAUGAACAGGGAAAGUCCGAGGAAGCUCCAUGAUUUUAACGCUCCGUCCGACUUGCCCUUGCCCGUUGGCACAACCCACCCUCGGCGAGUUGUCUGGCAGCUUCCCCAACGGGUGAUUGGGGCUUGCAGGAAGGAGGAACAAUGGGUGCCUCUCGUUAGCCAUGCUGCCAUGGCAAUGGUGGCGAUGGACAGAAACUGGACAUGGAUCCAGCAACCAAACAUCACCAGCAUCAGCAAACCAAGGAGAUUCAUACCGUAUUUCAAAGGCAGCAUUACAAAUCCCCACACCGACAACACUCUCAAUCAUGCAUCUCUCAGCCCUUCUUCUCGCCGCCGCCGCGCAGGCUGCAUCCCACUCGGCCACACAAGCUGAACCUCAUUUGGCCGCGACCCAGCUAGGCCAAAAGUGCAGCCGCACCACUGCCCGGGCCUAGGCCUCCUCGGCAGAUGGCCGACUUCGCCUCGACGAGGUCGAGCCUCCAACUCUCGGCUGCAGCACGAACUCGUCCAGCCCCGAGUGGAAGCUCUAUAUCAACGAUGGGUGGAAGGCGAGCAGCUUCAAGCAGAAGGUCGAGGGUUUCGGCGCCACCGUGGCCGAUGUGACGGUCGACGCCUACAACACGCUGCCCCCUGCGUCCCGGGACAGACUGCUCAAUCUGCUCAUGACCCCCGAAGGUGCCAACUUCAACCUCAUGCGCCACACGAUUGGCUCUUCGGACCUGUCGGCUGCCCCAGCCUACACCUACGCCGACAAUGGCGGCAAGCCUGACCCAAACCUCGACUCGUUCGACUUGGGAGAUCGGGGCCGCCGCAUGGCCGCGAUGCUUGGAGAGAUGAAGAGGAUGCAGCCGUCCAUGGUCCUGGUUGGCACUCCAUGGGCUCCCCCGGCUUGGAUGCAGCGCCAAGAGAACGUGUCCUCGGUCCUGAAGAACACACUUGACCCUCAAUAUUACACCCAGUUCGCCAACUACCUCAUCAAGUACCUGACAGCCUACAAAGAUGAGGGAGUUGAGGUCAACGCCAUCACAAUCCAGAAUGAGCCGGUGCGCAACGAACCGGGAACACCAAGCCUCUUCGUCUCUGAAGACGAGGCCUCUCGACUGAUCCGUGAUAGCAUUGCCCCUGCUAUCAAAAGUAGUGGUCUCGGAACCCCGAUCUGGAUCGGCGACCAGAACACAGAUCAGAUACAAUAUGCCCGAAGUGUUCUGAUUGGAAACGGGGCUGCUCCCUUGGCCGCCGUCGCUUGGCACUGCUAUGCUCCGGGAGAAAACUGGACGGCUCUUUCAGCCUUCAAAAGGACAGUUCCGGGUAUCUUGCAAUACAUGACCGAGUGCUGGACUUCGGAGUUGUAUACCAAAUGGAACCAAGCAUCGUGGUUCACCAUUGGCCCCCUCCGGAACUGGGCAUCGGGAUCGAUAGCUCGGGCUCUGGGCACCUUCUCGGCCAAAGGCCCUCGUCUCGGCUUGAAGGGAUCGUGCGAGGCGUGCACUGGCCUAUUCACGGUCGACGCCGAGAGCGGCACGUUUGAACUGCGCCCCGACUUCUUCAUGAUGGCCCAGUACAGCAGGUUCCUGCCCCGCGGAGCCAGAAUUCUACGCGACAGUGGGAGUUCAAUGGACGGGGACGACGAGUCGGGGAUCGAGAGCGUGGCAGCGCUGCUUUCGGACAGAAGACGAGUCGUUGUUGUGGAGAACAGGUUUUCUCAGAGGAUGAAGGUCGUCCUCACCACCAGGUCGGGCCAGGUCUGGACUGGCCAUGUCACGCCCCGGAGCGUCACCACGUGGCUACUGCCGUCACGCCAGGAGAGGGGCUCGGCGGCAGCUGUCCAGCCCCCAUUUGCACUGCUGUUUGCGCUGGUGAUUGGUGUGGCUGUGUGUUUGGUGUAAGUGGAUGGGUGGAUGCAUUGACCUUGUUGGGGAGAGGAGAGGAGAUGGGGAAAACAUUAUCACUGCACCUUGACGGGUCACCUCAUUAUUAAUUCUUGCGGCUAGGCACAUACAAGGAUAGGACGGUAUCUCAGUCUUUUGCUGAUGGCAGAACAAAACAGGUUGGGAGGAUACAAGCCCGGAAACCUUGAUCCAUAAUCGCGUGAUGAACAAACUCCCAAGCUUGGCUCACACUUCAGUUCCUCCUCGGCCUCCUCGGCCUCCCUCUUGCCGGUGCCUCGUCGGGCGUCUCGGAAUCGGACCCCGAGGAGCUGCUGUUGCUGCUGUCCUGCAUCUGGCGCACGGGCACAGGCACGUCGAAGAACGACCCCGCGCUGACGGCCUUGCGCUUGAUGAUGAUGUACUUGAUCCCGCCGCGCUCCUUGGUGCCCUCCUCGUCCGACCGCAGCAGGGCCGGGAACACGACGAUGCUGCGGCGGCCGCCCUCCUCGGCCAUCUUCUUCUCCC